CAAAAGGAUGGACCUGUUGCCUUCCAAUACCCUGGUCCUCACGGUCUACAUUUUUGCAUUCCUGACCGGCCUUCCUUCCAACCUCCUGGCUAUCUACACGUUCCUGCUGAAAGUCCGCCAGAAGGCGGCCCCUAUCGACAUCCUCUUGCUCAACCUGACCAUUUCUGACAUCAUCCUCCUGCUUUUCCUGCCCUUCAAGAUGGUGGAAGCUGCCUCGGGCAUGACCUGGCCGCUCCCUGACUUCCUGUGCCCUCUCACCGGCUUCUGCUACUACAGCAGCAUCUACAUCAGCACCCUCUUUCUGACCGCGGUCAGCGUGGAGCGCUACUUGGGCGUGGCCUACCCCAUCAAAUACAAGUUGAACCGCAGGCCAGCUUACGCAGUGGUUGCCAGCAUCUUCUUCUGGUUCUUGGCCUGUUCCCACUGCAGCAUCGUCUACAUUGUUCAAUACAAGGUGGUCGAUGCCAAUGAGACCAUCCCCAUUCCUGCCAAUGUUUCCAAAUGCUACGAUAAGUUCUCUUCCAGCCAGCUCAGCAUCCUCCUCCCUGUCCGGCUGGAGCUCUGCCUCUCCCUCUUCUGUCUCCCGUUCUUCAUCACUCUCUUCUGCUAUGUCAACUUGAUUCGCAUCCUGACCUCCUUGCCCAAUAUCCAGGCCCGCAGGAAGCAGCGGGCCGUGGGUCUGGCCGUGGCUACUCUGCUCAAUUUCGCCAUCUGCUUUGCUCCGUACAACAUCUCCCACAUUGUGGGCUUCAUCCAGAAUGAGAGCCCGCCUUGGAGAGUGUACGCUUUGCUCCUGAGCACCCUCAACGCCUCCUUGGACCCGGCGAUCUUCUAUUUUUCCUCCACUGCCAUCCAGCAGACUUUCGCCAAAUGUUUUGCCAGCCUGGGCCGCAAACUCCAGAAUGUGAUGCCGCGGUGUUACUGGCAGUGUUUAGCCUGCUGUGACACUGAGGGAGAAAACAACGGGAUUGACAAAUCAUCCAUAUCAAAUAUGGGGGAGCUGGCAAAUGAAAGGAUUGGUUCGAGGAGGUAACCUUUGAGGGACGUUCUUUGGACGUGCAUCAGAACUUUGCCGGAGGACUAAAGGACCUGCUUCCCCGUGGCUCUCAAAA